AUGUCGACGAUAAAACCAAGUCCUUCGAACAAUAAUUUGAAAGUGAGGUCAAGACCAAGGCGUAAGUCUUCCAUAGGUAAGAUCGAUCUCGGGGACACUGUACCUAGUUUAGGUACUAUGUUCGAGACAAAAGAAUCUAAAACUGCUGCUAAAAGGCGUAUGCAAAGAUUAUCUGAAGCCACCAAAAAUGAUAGCGAUCUGGUCAAGAAAAUCUGGUUUUCAUUCAGAGAGAUAAGUUAUCGCCAUGCCUGGAUAGCUCCCUUAAUGAUUUUAGUCGCGGUAUAUAGUGCCUAUUUCACCUCUGGUAAUACAACAAAGACUAAUGUAUUACAUAGAUUUGUCGCUGUGUCAUACCAAAUAGGUGAUACGAACGCAUAUGGCAAAGGUAUUAACGAUUUGUGCUUUGUAUUUUACUAUAUGAUUUUUUUCACAUUUCUACGUGAAUUUCUGAUGGACGUUGUCAUUAGACCCUUUGCCAUUCGGUUACACGUCACUUCUAAGCACAGAAUAAAAAGAAUCAUGGAACAAAUGUACGCUAUUUUCUACACCGGUGUUUCCGGUCCUUUCGGGAUAUAUUGUAUGUACCAUUCGGAUUUAUGGUUUUUCAACACAAAAGCAAUGUACAGAACAUAUCCAGAUUUUACUAAUCCCUUCUUAUUCAAGGUAUUCUAUUUGGGUCAGGCUGCGUUUUGGGCUCAACAAGCUUGCAUUCUUGUAUUGCAACUGGAAAAGCCAAGAAAAGAUCACAACGAGUUGACUUUCCAUCAUAUUGUUACCUUGCUGUUGAUUUGGUCUUCAUACGUCUUCCAUUUCACUAAAAUGGGGCUGCCAAUCUAUAUCACAAUGGACGUUUCUGAUUUUCUUUUGUCGUUUUCCAAAACUCUAAAUUAUUUGGACUCCGGAUUGGCUUUUUUUUCUUUUGCUAUCUUUGUUGUUGCGUGGAUUUAUUUGCGUCAUUACAUAAAUUUAAAGAUCCUAUGGUCCGUUUUAACGCAAUUCCGCACGGAAGGUAACUACGUUUUGAAUUUCGCCACUCAGCAGUAUAAAUGUUGGAUCUCCUUACCAAUUGUCUUUGUAUUGAUAGGCGCUUUACAAUUGGUGAAUCUUUAUUGGCUGUUCCUUAUUUUUAGAGUUCUUUACAGAAUUCUGUGGAGAGGUAUUCUUAAGGAUGACAGAAGUGAUAGUGAAUCAGACGAGGAAAGUGAUGAAAGUUCUACUACACCAACUGACAGUACUCCAACGAAAAAAGAUAUUUGA